CGGGAUUACGAAAAUCUUUCUUGUACUACUAAAAUGAUUGCUGAAACACUUCAAAAAGAUGAUGGAUUUCCGGUAAAAACGUCGGAUUUCCCUGAAAGCUUCAAUCCUAUCAGAGAGGAAUGGAUUGGCAGAAUUCUAAAAGAGAAAUCAAAAGAUGUGUUGAAAACGCGACAGAUUUACUAUUCUUUACUCAACAAUGGAAAAUUAGCUGCCAAACUGAGUAAACCAAAGUCACUAGACAGCGAUCAUUCAACAAAUUGGAAACCAAACUCAAUUAAAUUGCCUCUGAAUUUUGAGCUAAUACCUGAUCGAAUACUUCACAUAAAUAAACCACCGCCAGAGAGAGAAAGAUUAUACAAGCCAACGGGCAAAGAAAUUCAGCCAACUAUAUCAGGAGAACAUAAUGAGAAUACUAACACGGUUGUUUUUCAAUACGAACCAAUGAUUGGAAAAUUUUUUACCGCUUCUAAAUCUCAUGAAAGUGUUGGACAAUCAAUCAGUUUAUUAAAUGAUUCUAAAUUUUUAAAAUUUGAAUCACGUUUCGAAAGUGGUAACUUAUCCAAAGCAAUAUGCACUGGUCCUUAUGAAUAUGAACUUUAUCUACGACCAGAUUUAUAUACAAAAAAAUAUACACAAUGGUUUUAUUUUCGUGUGCAAAAUACAGAGAAUAAUAAUAAUUAUAGAUUUACAAUUGUAAAUUUUUAUAAGUCUACUAGUUUAUUUGCACAAGGUAUGAGACCAUUAAUGUACAGUGAGAAAAUGGCUAAAUUAACCGGUAUUGGAUGGCGACGUGUUGGUAGUGAUAUAAACUACUAUCAAACAAAAUAUACGGAAUCUACAGACAGUAAACCACAGUUCAAAAACAAACCACAAAAGGAUGAUACUUCUAAAUUACAUCAAACAUAUUCAUUAACUUGGAAAUUCGAAUUUCCUUAUCCAAAUGAUAUUGUAUACUUCGCUGCAUGUUAUCCAUACACAUAUACCCAACUUCAAGAAUAUUUAAAUAAAUUAACAUUAAAUUCGUCAAUUAAGAGAAUAUGUCAACAGGCAACCCUUUGUUAUACAUUAGCUAGUAAUCCAGUACCAUUAUUAACCAUUACAGAGCCAGAUGAUUAUGAUGAACGUAUUAGUAGUGAUAAUAAAAAUGUCGAUCAACUUCCGAAUAAGUCGCGUUCAGAUUUUCAAGCACAACCUACCGAUAAUAAUCAUAAUAAGCCAUUGGAGAAGAAACGUUGCGUCGUAAUUACAGCACGUGUACAUCCUGGUGAAACACAAGGUAGCUGGAUGAUGAAAGGUUUAUUGGAUUUUCUUAUAAGUACAGAUCCAGAUGCUAAGGUAUUAAGAUCUAAUUUUGUGUUCAAAUUAAUUCCAAUGUUAAAUCCUGAUGGAGUAAUUGUAGGAAAUUAUCGUUGUUCAUUAUCAGGUUGUGAUUUGAAUCGUAAAUAUACAUCUAGUUUAAAACGUUUUUUUCCUACAAUUUGGCAUACUAAACAAAUGAUUAUAAAUGUCAUGAAACAGUAUGAAGUUGUUGUUUAUUGUGACCUACAUGGACAUAGUCGAAAGCAACAAAUGUUUAUAUAUGGAUGUAAAAGUCAAACCCCUGAAAAGCAGUAUUAUUCACGUAUAUUUCCUGCUAUGUUAAGUAAAAAUAUACCAGAAUUGUUUAAUUUUGACAAAUGUAAAUUUGCUGUACAAAAGGAAAAAGAAGGAACUGGACGUAUUGUAAUGUGGAGAGAAGGAAUUAUAAAUAGUUAUACACUAGAAGCAACAUUUUGUGGUACAGCUGGUAAUGAUUUAGAAGAUGGUUAUCAUUUUAAUUUUUUGGAUUUUGAGAAAAUGGGUUCACAUUUUUGUGAUACAUUGCUAGAUUAUAUUGAUCCAGAUCAUAAAAAGAUGGAACAUAUUAUGGAAUAUUUGAAAAAUCGUCUUGUUUCUAUGAAAGUAUCUAAAUCAAAUGAAUUUGAAGAUGAUAAACUUUCAUCAGAUGAUUCAAUGAGUGACAGUAGUGAUGUUGGAUCAGAUAGUUCGAAUUGUGAUGAGUUACCUGCAUAUUAUGCGUAUGUUUUACAAAAAUCAAAGAAAAAAGGUAAACGUAAACGAAGGAUCACACAGAAACGUGAUAUAAAAUCGGUCAAUAAAAAAGAAACACAACCUAAGAAGGACGUAGCAACUAAUCACUGUAUUGCAUGUUGUAGAGAUUUGAAUCUAACUGAAGAAUCAUCUAAAUCAGGAAAACAAAUACAGAACAAUUUAGAAUCUAAAAAAUCAUUUCAAAAAGAACAUAAUUAUUAUCGAAUAUUUUCAAGAAAUCAACAAAAUGGUUACGUCUCUGAUGGAAUUAUUUCUUUUAAAAGAAAUUACAAAAAUUCAAAUUUGACCUUCGAUAAUCAUAGAGAACCAGAUAUGGUUUGUCUAAAACCAUUCAAUAAACAGAGUUCUAAUCAAAAUUCAACACUAUCUCAGGAAACAUUACGAGAAGAUCAUGUUGGCAGUCAGAAUAAAGCAAUAACAAUUGGCGACGGGGUAAAAAAUACGAUCCAAAGUCAGUCUGUAAUUGGACGAGAUUCAGUCUAAUUAUUUCGAGCAAUCAGCAUCCAGAUUUGUCAUCGGUGUCCUUGAACGACAUUGGUCAUUAGUUAUACAGCAAUUUCCAUUAUCAGUGCUGAUCCGAAAAACUGACUCUCCCUUCCGAUCGAUUACAGCCGCUAUUUGAGCGACAGCUGGAGUUCUUGGUCAAAUUGCUCACGCAGCUUCUGAAUCACUCAUGCUUUGGAGAUGCGACGGAAGUGGAUGGAUUAGUUCCACACUAAGCUGGAAAAUGAUUGCAGCUUCCAUGAAUCCUCGAUAAACCGUACUUAAAACGAAACAGCAGUUAUUCAAGAUUCGCCCAGUGGUCCAGUACUCUCCAUUUCAGAAACAUGACCGGUAAUUAAUUCAAACCCCGUUAUCCCCCAAACAGCAUGUACAGAAAGUGACGUAACCAGCGCACAAAAAGAUUCCCUGGUAAAUGUCCAUGGAAUUGUCGCAGUAACCGCCCGUGAAACAGAAAAUAAAUCGAGUAGUACACUGAAUGCAGCUGCUCCAAACGGAUCUCAUCAUUCUGCGACGUAAGUUUCUGACGAAUCUAAUUAUCGAGAUCCUCUCUUACCAGAAAAUGUCAGAUGCAUCAAAUGACCAGAAAUCUAAUACAAUUUUGAUAGAUUCUGAUUACCUUAAUGAUCCAUUAUCUACAAAUGAGGUUCCCAAUAAAUGUGGUUACAAUAUUUCAGAAGAAUCAAAUCUCGAUUAACUCAUAUUAAGCGUCGUUCAGCCACACCACUUAGUCAUUUUCAGUUGAUUCUCUCUUCAGUGCGACAAAUAUGUUUUAAAUAAAUUCAAAUUAAUUGUAACUUGAGAAUAUGAGGAUCUGACACUGUUUCGUGGGGGAGGAUGAACCCGGAAAAUUUAAAAUCCGGAUACCAACUCCGGAUCUUCAAAAAAGGGGAGGUGUGUUAUGUCCCGACAAGAAUAAUGAAUGGUAACUUUUGGGAUCUAUUGAUGGACCAAUACUAAGCGUAUAUUUUUAUUGUAUAAUUAUUAAGUAACUAAACUAUUCAUAUUCAUAUUCCUCUUAUUAUAAGCUUUAUUUUGACCCAUAAACUAUUAUUAUACGUUUUACAAUUCUUGAAUUAUGCCCUGUCUAUUAGUCACUGCCUCCCACAUUCACAGCCAUAUUUGGCCAAAUUUUGUACAAAUGUUAUUUUCUAUUUUAUGGUACGUUGUGGUCUGUUUGAUUGGUAUAUAAACCUAGUAUGUUUGAAAUAUAAUCAUUCAUAUUGCAGAGGCUGAGAUUGGUGUUCUGGACUUAACUGGCUGGGCUAGGCUAGGCGGAAAGCAGGACCAAACAGGACUCUAGGCUGCUCGCACGUGUUUUACGUGUCAUUGAUCCGGUUGAUAAGUCACUGUUCUCUGAUUGGUGGUCACAAGAUAUAACACUACCCGACACGUGUUCGGUCCACUGGUCACAGCUUUUCACUAGAACUUUGAGAAUUCACU